UAUUUUAUUCAUGAAAGUUUUUUAAACUGUAUUUAACUGUAUUUAAAACUUGAACAUGUUCUUUAUGUUUUUAAUAUGAUCUAUAAACAUUAAACUUAAAACUUCUAACAACUAACUUGUAAAUAAUAACUGAAUAAUAUUGACCAAUUAUAAAAAUUAUCAUUAUAAUAUUAUAAUAAUACAAUAUACAAUAAAUAAAUAAUAUUUUAUAAUCAUACAUUUGUACAUAUGGUGACAAAUUAAUAAGUCUGAAUUGUACAAAAUUAUAUUUAUAAUAUAAGGUAAACAAAUACAAUGGAAUGUUUAAUUCCUGAUAUAUUAUUUACUCUACUUGGCCACAAAUCAGAAAUAUUACAGUGUAUUGUCGACAAUGACAGCAAUUUCACAGAUGAUGAGUAUAUAAUUUUGAACACUGAAGACAAGCGGCUGUUGAAGUGUUUCUUACAUUUGGCCGAAGAGUAUCAGAAACUUAACACUGUUAUUGUAUCAUUUAACCGAUUGCAGAGUAUUUACAAAGAAUCAGAAUCAAACAGACAGGGUUUGUACUUUGAAGCUUUUGUCGAUGGUAUGUUAAUCGCCUUGAAAACAUACCGUGACUGUGUAAAUGAUAUUGAAAAAAAUUUAUCAAAUAACAAAGAAAAUAAAUGUUUAUUGACCGAAACAUUGAGAAAAGUCGAACAACAUAAACCAUUGAUUGUUGCAGUUAAUAAUAUUUUAGAUCAAAUUGAACUUUCUCAAUUACAUGGCGGACAAAUAUUGAAUCUCAUAUACGAAGCAGUAUGUAUGGAAUUUUUGGACAACAAAGUUCAAUUAUCACUCAUAUUCAACCAAUGUUUACAGGUGUUAAUAUCGCAGUUGAACACAUUUUUCGCACACGGAGUGAUUUUUGAUCCUCACAAUGAGUUCUUCAUUGAAUCCAAAUAUUCUAAAAGCAGUAAAGAAUUUAAACAGUUUUCUUUAUUACCCAGUUUAAUGCCAUCUUUUGUUCCUCUUUCAACUGCAAGCAAAAUAACAAGAAUUGGUGAUGUAAUAAAAAGUUUGCAACAUUCAAAUAACCAAUCGUCAUUGAUAAACUACAAGGAUAUUUCUAUACAGUUGUAUGGACACAAAAAAGAUGAACUGUUUUCUGAUUUAUUAAAUUUAGUAAACGUGCCCUUGUUUACUAAAAAUGAAUUUGUCAAAGUAAUUGACAAGUUUUAUAAUGUUGUGGAUAAAUUUAUGUUAAAAGCAUCAUUUAAUAAUGAUAGUUUUUCCUAUCAUAUGAAGUUGGUUAGAGAUUUUUAUUUGCUGGGUAAUGGAGAGUUUUAUAAACACUUUUUAAAUAAAAUGUGCAGUUUAUCUCUGAAAUCUGAGCAUAGUUUACGUGCUGUUAAGGUGGCAUUUAUUAAUACAGCUCAAGAUAUCAAAAUGCACAAAUCUGUGAAUCAAGUGUUUGGUUUCAGUUCAUUAGAAGAUGAAGAAGUUGAUGAAACGACGUGGACAAAGAUUAAAGUCACUUUUGAAACCAAAUGGCCACUACAAUUUAUAUUUACAAGCUCUGUUCAAAAAAAUUAUUCAAAAUUGUUUGCAUUUCUAUCACGAAUCAAAAGAGUGCAAACAAAUUUGCACAACGUUUGGAUUGAAAAAAAAUCAAAAUCUUAUGAAAUAAAUGCUCAUAAUGUCCAGCUAAAAACUAAAUUAUCAUUCUUAAUAGAUACUCUUUACAGUUACCUUCAGUUGGAUGUCAUCGAAGAUGAAUAUUUUCUUCUCUUGGAGAAAUUAACCAAUGCCAAUGAUUUUCAAACAAUUAAGCACAUACACGAUAUAUUCCAGACAAAUAUCAUGAGAGAUUCUUUUUUGUACAUGGAAGAAGUUUACUUGGGCUUUAAUAGAAUUUUAGAUAUGUGCGAAAACUAUUGCAGGUAUAUGACUGACAUUACGGCUGCGUUAAAUCCACAAUAUAAACAGUGUUUUGAAGAAUUAAAUUUACUUUUUACCAAAAAACCAAAUAAAUUAGUCACAUUGAUAAAUAUAAUUAGAGAAAUCCAUGUUACUCCAAAACCAAAUCAAUUUAUUGUUAGGUUAAAUUAUAAUAACUGGUUUCUUCAAGCAAUAUCUAGUGAUAGCUAAAAAUAAAGUGACUUCAUUUUCAUUUUACAGUCACAAGGAGAUAAUAUUUUUUGAGAUUAGGAAACGUCAUAAAAAAUUGUAAAUACUAAAUUUUAAAGUCAUUAAUAUGGAAUUUCGAUUAAAAAAUAUUUUGUUUAUAUUUUAAAUGUAGAUACUUAAAUAUAUAUUGUUUAUUAAAAAUAAUUAAUAUGAAUAUGUCUUAAUUACACAUAAAAAGUAUAAAUGUAUUAAGUCUAGCGGUUUAUUAUGUAUCAAUAAUUGUCUUAAAAUAUUCUACAAUAUUUUUUUUCUUCAAAUUAAUUGUUUGUAUAUAAUAAACUAAUUUAUAAAUACA